AUGCACAUCGAGGUGCAGGUGGCGCUCAACUUCGUGAUAUCGUACCUUUACAACAAACUGCCCCGUAGACGGGUGAACAUCUUCGGCGAGGAGCUGGAGAAAGCGCUGAAGGACAAGUUCAAGGGUCACUGGUACCCUGAGAAGCCGUUCAAGGGAUCCGCGUUCAGAUGCCUAAAGACCGGCGACCCGGUGGAUCCCGUGCUGGAACGAGCCGCGAAAGAAAGCGGCGUACCGAUCCAAGACAUCCUGGAGAACCUUCCGGCGGAACUGGCCGUCUGGGUCGACCCCGGUGAGGUGAGCUAUCGCAUCGGCGAAAUGAACGCGGUGAAGAUCCUCUACUCCGAAACGGGGGACCCUCACGACGACAGCUCUGCCGACCGCGAGGUGACCAAGACCUUCAACCCCGAGGCUCAGUGCUUCAGGCCCAUCGAGGCCGUGGGCACGUCCCUGGGCGGGCUCAGCCUCAGUCCCAAGUCCACGUCGCCGUUCCCUAGCUCGCUGGGCAGCAACGCGAGCAACGGGUCGUCCAACAACCAGCAGAACGGCCACGGGUCCGGUUCCUCGUCGGCACCUUCGCCGACACCCAUCACCAGCUCGUUCAAGGGUUCGCCUAGUCCUGUGCCAGCUUUCAUCCCACGCACCACCGCACCGCUCACCUUCACCACCGCUACCUUCGCCCAGACCAAGUUUGGCAGCACCAAACUGAAAACCAGCAGCAAACGGGCAAACAGAAUGUCUCCCACCGAGUUCUCGAACUACAUCAAGCAGCGCGCCAUGCAGCAACAGAUCCACCAUCACCACCAUCAUCAGCAGCACCAACAGCAGCAGCAGCAUCUGUCUCCUGGAAGCAUAGUCGCCGGCGCUGGCCAGCAACACACGGAUCCGAGCGCGUACUUCUUCCAGCACGGUCCGACCGCGUAUCACCCGCAGUUCCCUCAUCGCAACAUCUUCGACUCGUCCAGCCACGGUGGUUAUCUGUCCGGUGAUCUGUACACGGGCGCCAAUUUCCCGUCGUCCUACCUCGAUCCCACGACGAUCGCUGGCCACCAGUUCUACGGGGGCAGCGUGAACGGAACUAGCAACGCCGCAGGAAGCAACGGCAACUCUCAGACCGCCGGCAACCUCGGUCCAGUCGGUUCCACCGCUGCGAACAGCAACGUGAACGGCAUCGGUCAGCAACAGGACAAGACCGCGUUGGUCGAGGGUCUGAAUAACUUCGGCCUCGGUUCUGUGGCACCGUAUCCUGCUAGCCAGUACCAGCACCUCCUCGUAGCCAACUAA